AUGGCUGUCCCAAGCAAGGGCCGCAUGGCUGAAGACACUAUCCAGUUGUUAAAGGACUGCCAGCUGAGCGUGUACAAGCCAAAUCCCAGACAGUACAUCGCCAGCAUCUCGCAGAUGCCAGGCCUGGAGGUCUGGUUCCAGCGCGCGUCAGACGUUGUGCGCAAGCUGAUGUACGGCGACGUGGACUUGGGCAUCGUCGGCUAUGACAUGUAUGCGGAGAUUGCGCACGGCGACUCCGGCCUCAUUGUGCUGCACGACUCGCUCGGAUUUGGCAAGUGCCACCUGGGCCUCGGCAUCCCUACCGGCGGCAAAUGGGCUGACAUCAACUCUAUCGAUGAUCUGCGCCGGAUGCCAGAGUGGAACGAGACCAACCCCUUGAGGGUGGUGACGGGGUACCACAACGUUGCGCGCAAGUUCUUCUCGGAGCAGGGCUUCGAGCACGUGGUGCUGCUGAGCGCUGACGGUGCGCUGGAAGCCGCCCCGCUCAUGGGCACCGCUGACAUCAUCCUGGACCUGGUGAGCACAGGGGUGACCCUGCGGGAGAACAAUCUGAAGGAGAUCGAGGGUGGGCGCAUCGUGGACAGCCAGGGCGUUCUGGUGGCCAACAAGCGCGCUCUGCGAGAACAGCCGGGCCUCCUGGCAGUCGUGCACGAGCUCAUCGAGCGCCUGGAGGCGCAUUUGAAGGCAGAGAACUACUACAGUGUCGUUGCCAACAUGCGCGGAAGCUCGCCGGGGGAGGUCGCCCACAACAUCCUCUCCAGCGAUGGCCUGAGAGGCCUACAGGGGCCCACCAUCACCCCUGUGUACUCAAUGGACCCUGACAGCAACGGCAGUGGGGCAGCAGAGUCCCCAUCCCUGUACUCAGCGACCAUCUGUGUGCCCAAGAAGCGCCUCUACAAGUCUAUCAAGGAUUUGCGAGCGAUUGGAGGGAGCGGAGUCCUAGUGCAGCCCAUGACAUACAUCUUUGAUGAGGAACCAGAAAGGUGGCAGAAAGUGCUAGCAGCUCUUGACAUUGACAUAGGAGACCCUCUGCUCGCCAGUCUUGAGCCAUAG